AGAUGCCGCCCCCUCCGCCGGUCCCUCCCCCGGCGGCCUGGCGCCUCCCUCCCAUCCCGCCGCGGUGACUCACGGAGCGGGAGGCGGAGGCUCAGGCGGCCGCUCCCGCUGCUGCUGUUGCUGCUGCUGCUGCCGCCGCCGCCGCCGUCGCCGCCGCCGCCGCCGCCGCCUCUGCUGCUGCUGCCGCCGCCGCCGCGGCUGCUCGGGCUGAGCGCGCCCCGGAACAGGCCGCUGCGCGCGGUGCACGGACCCGCAGCCCCCGCCGGCCCGGCCGGGUCGGGCGGCCCAGGGCCCCACCUUCCUAUUUCUCCCCGGCCACAGCCCGCCCAUCACAGUUGAGGAGCUGUUUGCCUGAAGUUAAUUUCCAGAGGCAGUGACACUCCUGAUGCAGAUUCUGUCUAGAAUGGAACCGUGUGAACCAGUCAUGAUGCCGUCCUCUAUUUGGGAUUGAAGUGUGGGGGCAGGCCUGUGUGCUCGUGGCUCCUACAUUCUGCCCCAGAUCCAGCCCCCAGGAGCCCCCAGGGCUGGCCAGGGGAUGAACCGCGAGGGGGCGCCCGGGAAGAGCCCGGAGGAGACGUACAUUCAGCAGAAGGUUCGAGUGCUGCUCAUGCUGAGGAAGAUGGGAUCAAAUCUGACGGCCAGCGAGGAGGAGUUCCUGCGCACCUACGCGGGGGUGGUGAACAGCCAGCUCAGCCAGCUGCCCCAGCACUCCAUCGACCAGGGUGCCGAGGAUGUGGUGAUGGCGUUUUCCAGGUCGGAGACGGAGGACCGGAGGCAAUAGCGGUGAACCCCUUGGAACACCCUGGAAGCUGCCAGAAGAUCUGCGAGGACCUCGACCAGCUGAGUGGCGGCAGAUGACCUUCCCGGUUCCCCCUGCCCUUACACCCCCACCCUGCCCCGCCCCACAGUCACUCAGCAGGGCUGGCAUCGAGGGAGCCACCGGUGGUGCAGUUACAAUUGGCUUGAAGGGACGGACUCCUGAUUGGCUGCAGAAAGAAACCCUUUUAUUUUUAAAUCUUGACCAACAGACACCUUUUAUUUUUAUUUCUGACUUUUUUUUUUUUUUUUUUUUUUUAAUUUGCGCCUCGGUGUAUGGCUUCCCAGGAAGCUCUCCGAGAUCUGGUGCUUUAUUUAGGUCACUUUUUAGGAAUGUGAAGAGGCCUGAUUGGCUGCUUAAACUGGAAAAGGAUUUUGAUUGGCCGGCUAGUGGGAAAUGGUUUUUUUCUUUGAUUGGCUGCAGGUGUUCUGCUGAUAGCAACAGCUUCUCUCUUUUGAAUGCUGAAAACAGGGUUCGGGACAUUGGUUGUUAUAUUUGACUUGAAAAGAAAAAAAAAAAAAAGAAAGAAAGAAAAGAAAGAAAGAAACCAAGUGCGCUCUGCAAUAUUUAUUACACAAAGCUUGCUGCUGCUUCCCCAA